GGCCAUGACGCCAUUCUAUCGACUAGAAGCCCACGGCCUCAAAUCACACAUCAUGGACUGGAUCAGAAAUAUCUCCGGCCAGGUAGGCCCUGGCGAUCGCAUUAUAAUCGUUCUGAUCGGGCAUGGUAACAAGAGAGACGGCGCUGUCACGCUAUAUCCUCAGCACGCAAAACCGGAGUUUCUGUCCAAAGCCAAGAUGAUUGCUGCUCUCUCUGUCUUGCCGCCUAAUGUCCGCCUCCUGAUCGUCAACGAGGCUUGUUACUCCGGCACGUGGGCCACGAUAGCCCCCGAGGUAGGCGCCCAGCGAGAUGUGCUUGUCGAGACAGCAGCCACCGUCGGCGAGCAGUCCUGGAGCUAUACCUCGGGCUCCGGCCGAAACAGGUGCUCUUUAUUCGGAGCGGCGUUUGUGGAAGAGCUUACCACCCACCCCGAGGGAAGAGUCUCCCAGCAUCGCAGUCGAAUAGUCGACGAGAUGCUUCAUGUUGGGCCUGACCAGAAAACCUCUACACCGCUGAUGAUCCCCUCCGUCCGCGCUCUUCUGUCCCACAAUAUCUCGCACUUCAUCCUCUCACCAAGAAUUGCGACUGCGAUCACGAAUGUAGCUUCUGCUCAGGAUCGUCAUGAGGCACUUUUGCAAUCACGGACCUCUUUCCGGACUUUUUGGAGAAGACUUCGUCGCAGGAUGAGUCCAGAACGAGAACCGGCGCAGGCGUUCGCGGGAGACAGCCCGGUGAGAGAUAGCACCGGUAUCGACAUGAAAGCUAUCGUUAUAGAGAACUACCUGAAAGACCUUGGGCCGCUAAAGAGUGCGCUUGACUAUUGCACCCUUGCAACUGCCGGUCAGUUUGCUCUUGAAGGCCGUGGGUCUCCAGAGUUCCAAGACCAGGUGAUAGCUACUAUUGCCUGGCAGGCAGCCCAGAUGCAACGGGUUGGCCGGUUGCUGGAACAUCUGGCCAAGGAGGGACUGAUUACAGAUGUAGUUGACGAAGAAAUAGCUGAUCAAGCACUGGCGGACCACCAAGAAGACAUCGUGGUGCCUGUGCCCCCAACUGAGGGCCAUGUUGGUGUCCACUUUAACGAUGCACAGAGCUGGCUGAUUGGUAUCGUGGCUUAUAACUGGCUGAUGUACCCAGACACAUUUGAUCUUGAUCGCGUGGCGAACGAGGUGCGUGUGUUUCUAGCUUAGUUUGGGUGUUUCUUGCUCUUCUUUCUGUUGCUAGCCUUAUCUGAUUCACCAAUGAGCUUAUUGUUGGUAGAGUGUAUGGCAAGCUAUUGGAAGAAAACUGAA